CCGGGAAGGUUUCUUUCCUUUCUUUUUAUCAAUUAUAUUAUCAUUAUAUUUUUUUACUGGAAAAAUAUCGACAAAAGAAUAAACAAUACCACAAUCCAGAAACUUUUCCGCCAUUUGAUUUCACUGAUUGCUACCAUUUUCGGAAGCGCAAACCAAAUCUCUUUGUUUCUUCGACUGAAUUCGCCGAAUUCCCCAUAAUUUAUUUGAGGAUUUUAAGGUUCCUUUAUGCGAAGCAGUUUUACUCUUUUUCUUUUAUUUUGCUCGUUUGAAUUAAUUUAAAAUUUUGUUUUUACUGUUUACCAAAACGAUAUUUUUUGCUCCGAUGAUGCGUUUGACAAGUUAUUAUGGAAUUUGAAAUCUUGAAUGCAAUCGGUUUGUUUGUUUAUCUGUUUGUUUAGCGAAUGGAUACCAACAAUUGGAGGGCGGCUCAAGGCCAGAUGGGUCCCGGUCCUCCUCAGAGUCAAGUCAGCGGUGGAGGAGAUGUAUCGGCGGUUACAAAUGUUGCUCCUCCGGUGGCUAUGGACACCAGUGAUUGGAGGACUCAGCUUCAAGCUGAUUCUCGUCAGAGGAUUGUAAAUAAAAUAAUGGACACUUUGACAAGGCAUCUUCCUUUCUCUGGACAAGAAGGAUUGCAAGAGCUUAAGAAAAUUGCCAUAAGGUUCGAGGAGAAGAUAUAUACUGCUGCAACAAGCCAGUCAGAUUAUUUAAGGAAGAUAUCCAUGAAGAUGCUGACUAUGGAGACGAAGUCACAAAAUCCUGCGGCUAAUGCUCUCCAACCGAACGCUGCUAAUUCUGGGAAAACCCCACCUGAUCAAGUACAUGGCAUCCAAUCCCAAAUUCCAAACCAGCAACUUUCCAUGCCGAAUCAAUCACAACCACGUCAACAGCUUAUGUCCCAAAACAUGCCGGCAAACAUUGCAUCAGCUGGAGUGCAACUUCCAAAUUCUGUGAACCUGGCUCAGGGUGGCAUGCAGAAUGUUAUUCCUCAGAAUUCGAACUUGCAGAACAUGCAGAAUAUGUCCAAUGUUGCUCAGAAUUCUGUAGGAAAUUCUAUGGGGCAAGGGAUUCCAUCAAACGUUUUCAGCAAUUCACAAAGAAUGUUGGCCGGAAGACAACCGGUAGUCCCCCAACAGCAGCAGCAACAGCAACAGCAGCAAUCACAGCAGCAACACUCACAGAAUGCUCCGAAUUAUCUCUAUCAGCAGCAGCUGCCAAAUCAUCAACUGAUGAAGCAGAAAUUCCAGCAGGGAAGUAUGGCCCAAUCCUUAAUGCAGCAGCAGAACUUAAUACAACCAAGUCAGGUGCAAAAUUCACAGCAAGGAAUGCAGCCACCCACAAUGCAGUCGGCUUCUCUCUCUAGCCUUCAACAGAAUCCGCAGCCAUCUGUUCAACAAGUUACACAACCGGUUCUCCAACAGCAGUCCCAGACAGUCCUUAGGCAACAACAGCAGCAACAGCAACAGCAACAGCAACAUCAGGCUUCUCUCGUACAUCAGCAACAGACAUCCAUUUCUCAGCAGACAUUACCCCAAGCCACACAGCAGGCUCAGCAGCAACAGCAGCAACAGCAGCAGAUGCUUGGACAGCAGUCUAACGCAUCAAAUCUUCAACACAAUCAGCUGAUAGGCCAACCAACCAGCAUUCCUGAUAUGCAGCAGCAACAACAAAGACUGAUUGGCCAACCGAGCAAUAUGCAAAACAUGCAGCAGCAGCCGCAGCAGCAGCAGCAGCACCAGCACCAGUUAAUGGGUCAGCAAAGCAGCCUGUCGAAUAUGCAACAGCCGCAGAUGGGCCCUCAAGGUAAUGCUUCUGGGAUUCAUCAGCAGACUAUGCUUGGCACUCAAUCUGCAAACGCUAGUAUGCAAACAAAUCAGCCUUCCAUGCACAUGCUACCUCAAUCUAAGGUACCAGUGCAGCAACAAAUGCAGCAGAAUGCAAUGAGUUUGCUGCCAAACCAGAACCAACUAUCACAACAACAGGCAUCACAGCAACAAAUGGUUUCACACGUACAAUCACAGCCGGUGCCACUUCAACAUAUGCCUCAGCAAUCGAGCUCAUUACAGAGAGAGAUGCAGCAAAGGCUUCCAGCCUCUGGUCCUUUGCUUCCGCAGCAGACUGUUGUUGAACAACAGAAACAGUUUCAGCAACCAAGAGCCAACCCUGAGGCAUCAUCAAAUUCUUUAGAUUCUACAGCUCAGACGGGAAAUGUAAAUGGUGGAGAUUGGCAAGAGGAAGUUUAUCAAAAGAUCAAGUCCAUGAAGGAUACAUAUUUCGCGGAACUGAAUGAUAUGCUCGUGAAAAUAGCAACCAAAUUGCAGCAGCAUGAUUCUCUUCCCCAACAGCCAAGGCAUGAGCCGCUAGAAAAGCUUCGGUAUUUUAAGCUUAUGUUGGAACGCCUUGUUGGAUUCCUGCGUAUCAACAAAAGUGAUGUACAGAUAACUCACAAAGAUAAGUUGUCUGCUGUUGAAAAGCAGAUCUUAAGUAUUCUUAACUCAAAUAGGCCCCGGAGGCCUGUCCAACAAGGGCAACUAAGCCAGCCCCAAAUGCCUUCUGCUCAGCACUCACAGGCUCAUCAAGUUUCUCAAUUGCAACCCCAGGAAAACCAAAUUAACUCUCAGAUGCAGCCAAUGAAUCUACAGAACUCGAUGACGACCCUCCAGUCGAAUAGCUUGUCCAGCCUGCAACAUAACUCAUUGUCUUCUCUUCCCCCGGUUUCAAGUUCUCAGCAAAAUAUCAUGAGUGUGGUACAGCCUGCUUCCUCCUUGGAGAUGGGGCAAAGUAAUGCAAUGAAUUCGCUUCAGCAGAUAGCUGUUAACACUUUGCAGGCAAAUCCUAUGGGCGGCCCUCAAACAAUGAACAUAAACUCUUUAUCAUCACAAAGUGGAGUAAAUACUCUUCAAUCGAAUAUUAAUUCCCUACAGAUGAACUCCAAUCUGAUUCAGAACCAGCAUAUAAAACAAGAACAGCCGACAUUGCCGACCCAGCAAUUGAAACAACAUAUGCAACAACGUCACAUGCAACAGAUGUAUGCCAGACAGCAGCAGCUAAUGCAACAGCAGACGCAUCACCAGCAACAACAACAGUCACAACAUCUGCAACAUCAGCAACAACAACUGAAGCAGCAGCAUCCUUCGCAGUUGUCUGGACAUCAAAUGUCACCACUUCACCAGAUGAGUGAUUCUGCUGACAUAAAGGUAAGGCAACAUAUGGGUGCUAAAUCAGCUGUUUUCCAGCAACAUCAUCCCAAUGGCCAACGUGCAGUUUAUCAUCAUCCAUUAAAGUCUGGAAGUCCCUUUCCUGUUUCUCCACCUCAAGUCCUUCAGCAUCAUUCCCCACAGGUUCCUCCUCAUCCUUCUCCUCAAAUUGAUCAGCAAAGUAUGCUGUCAUCUAUUGCAAAAGCUGGAACACCAUUGCAGGCUACAAGCUCACCCUUUGUAGCCCCAUCUCCCUCCACCCCCAUGGCUCCAUCUCCUAUGCCCGGGGAGUCGGAAAAAUUGAAUUCCAGCCUUUCAUCACUCUCAAAUGCUGGAACAAUGGGACACUCGCAAGUACCUACUGCGAAUGCCACAGCCCAGUCACUAGCCAUUGGAACCCCCGGGAUAUCAGCAUCGCCCUUGUUGGCAGAAUUUAGUAGCUUGGAUGGAGCUCAUGUGAAUGCAUCAACUGCAGUUUCUAGCAAGUUGAAUGAUGUGGAACAGCCGCUUGAACGGCUAAUUAGAGCGGUGAAAUCAACAUCCCACAAAACUUUGUCUGCUUCAGUUGGUGAUAUCAGCUCAGUUGUGAGCAUGGUUGAUAGAAUAGCUGGAUCUGCCCCAGGUAAUGGAUCGAGAGCUGCUGUUGGUGAGGAUCUGGUUGCCAUGACAAAAUGUCGUCUGCAGGCCAGGAAUUUUUUCACACAGGAUGGACCUGCUGGAACAAAGAGAAUGAGACGGUCUACAAGUGCAAUGCCAUCCAAUGCGAUUUCAUCUAUUAGUAGUGUACAUGAUAGUAUGAAGCAAUUGAAUUGCCUUGAUGCCUUAGAAUUGGAGUCUACAGCUACAUCAGGCAUUAGAAGACCUAGGAUUGAGGCAAACCAUGCCCUCAUCGAAGAGAUCCAUGAAAUAAAUACACAGCUAAUAGAAACUGUGGUGGAGAUCAGUGAUGAUGAUGUUGAUCCAACUGCUGUGGCUGCUGCAGCUGAAGGUGGGGAAGGGAUUGUAGUGAAGUGUUCUUUCAGUGCUAUUGCUCUGAGUCCAAAUUUGAAAUCACAGUAUGCUUCAGCACAGAUGUCACCUAUUCAGCCCUUACGAUUGCUUAUUCCAACUAAUUAUCCAAAGUCUUCCCCGGUACUUCUGGACAAGUUCCCUGUAGCUGUGAGUAAAGAGUAUGAAUAUCUUUCAAUGAAGGCCAAAUCAAAGUUCAGUAUCUCCCUCAGAACUCUUUCACAACCUAUGUCUCUGUCCGAUAUGGCAAGAACAUGGGAUUUCUGUGCUCGUGCGGUUGUGUCAGAAUUUGCACAGCAAAGUGGUGGAGGGACCUUCAGCUCAAAAUAUGGUACUUGGGAGAGUUGUUUGGCCACUACUGCAUAA